CCAAAAUCUAGACUAUUUUGGAUCAAGUGAUCAACAUCAUCAUCAUCAUCAUCACCACCAGCAGCAGCAGCAGCAGCAGCAGCAUCCUCAUCCGGAAGGAGGUAACGUCUGUGAGCUUCUAGUCCUCCUCCUCAUCCGUCUCCCCCUUUUGCCCCACACAAUGUUUUUUUUUCCAUCGAGCACACACACCACCUCCUAACCGUCGCUUCCUUUCCCCAAGAACACGUCCCUUCUGCAUUUCGGAUGUUGAAUACUAACGAACAACGUUCUUUCUUGUUGUAGAUCUGGCGCGGGACCAAUCCUCUUCCGUACUGCUCACACCACCGGCAUCCCAUGCCUCUUCUUCUGCAGGCGCAGUGAGCCAUCGUGCAUCCGUGAGCUCGAUGAGCGGCGGUGCCCAGACCAGCUCCUCAAACGACGAAGACAUGGUGACAAGCGAGAACAUCCACAAAAUGUGGAAACGCAAGUAUCGACGGCGCGCCAAGGCAGAUGGCAAUGCACCCAAAAAGCCUCCAUCGGCAUACGUCAUGUUCUCGAACGAAGUCCGUGCGGAACUCAAGGAGCAGAAUUUGUCCUUUACGGCGCUUUCCAAGAUCACCGGUGACCGUUGGAAGAACCUCAACCCAAACGAGAGGAAGCUCUAUGAAAUCAAAGCUGCCUAUGCAAAGGAGGACUACAUACUCGCCUUGUCAAAGUAUGAAGUGACGGAUGAACACAGGCAAUACCAGCAAUACUUGAAUGAGUUCCGCAUGCGACAUGACUCGCCUGGUGUAAAACCGAGAAAGCGAACACGAUCGAUUGAACGCAGAUUCGAGUUAGCGUGCAUGUCCCCUUGCGAAAGUAUGGUCUCUGAUCCUCUGUCUGCAAUCUCCAGCUCCACUAUCACCACUUCCGGGACGAUUGCGACAGCGAGUAACAGCAGCAGCAGCACCACCACCACCACCACCGCCACCGCCACCAGUGAAACAUCAGCAUAUCCUAAUUCCAUAUUACCCAGCAGUACCACUGCAACGGCAACCAGUUUUAUGCGUGCUGCUCUCACUCCCGCGCCUACUACAACGAGUGGUAGUGCUAUGAGCACGGGUGCCGCGGCUGCCACAACCGGAAUCACAGCCGAACAGCUGGCGCACCCACCAGAACCUCGCAUUUAUCCGUACUGGUUACUCAAUAAUGACACUACAAACGACCAAGCGUCAUCCGUCUCUUCUUCGUCCAAUCGGACCCCUGGCGAUGUAACAUACGCAGCAACAGCAACAGCAACAGCAACAGAUCACUCACAAGACAACGACCCUUCCCAUUGAAAAGAAAAAAGCUGUACAGUUUCCAUGUAAUAACACACU